UCACAUGGUGCUGAAAGGACUGGCACAACUCUGCUACUGCAACAGCUCAUAUUGAGACAAGACCAACAUACAGGUUGCAGGAGGAAGAACAGGAGGAGAUAUUCAGAGAAGGAAAGAAGAGAGCAAUGGGGUGCCGGUCCUGCGACAAGCCGAAGAUGAACUACAGGAAGGGGCUGUGGUCUCCUGAGGAGGACCAGAGGCUGAGGGACUACAUUGUCAAGCAUGGCCUUGGCUGCUGGAGUGCUGUCCCUGCAAAGGCUGGUUUGCAGAGAAAUGGCAAGAGCUGCCGGCUGCGUUGGAUCAACUACCUUCGGCCAGGAUUGAAGCGUGGAAUGUUCUCUCAGGAGGAGGAGGACAUUGUCAUCAAUCUUCAGGCCAAGCUGGGCAACAAGUGGUCACAGAUUGCGAUGCAUCUGCCUGGGAGGACGGACAACGAGGUGAAGAACUACUGGAAUUCCUACCUCAAGAAGAGGGUGAUGCAGGCACAGGGCUCCAUCCCUAACAAUCUAGCAGCAGCAGCAGCUGAGGUCACCUCCAUGAGCACCACCGAGCCACCAUCAUUGCAUCACCAUCAUCAUCACCCUCACCAUCAUCAGAUCAAGAACAGCAGCGGCAGCACGACCACCUCCCAUGACCAAGACGCCAACCUGAGCAGCGGCGGCAGCCAUGGCGGCAUCUCUGCUCCUGCACCUGUCGCUGAGCCAUUUGAUCAGCAGCCCAAGAGCUUCGUCUUCACCGGCGACUGGAUGCCGAUGUCUGCGGCGGCGGCGGGGCAGGAGAGCUACUCCAUCUCGGCGCAGCACUGGCCGGCGUCCACGGCGAGCUCCGGCAACGUGACGCCGUCGCACGGCGGCGCGUUCGGGGACCAGAUGAGCGGCAGCUACGGCGCAUUGCAGCAGCAGCAUCAGAGCUCAGCUGCUGCUGCUCCAAUGGCAGGAGGCGGCGGCUACUUUGACCUGCUAAACAUGGGAGACAUCUAUGGCGGAUUUGCUGCCACUAGUGACGAUCUGCUCUUCUGAUGACGAUUGUGUGUGAUAUGAUCGAUCGAGUUCGUGUGUUUUGUGUGCAUUGAGCGUAAAAGCAUCGAAAGAAAUUGCGGUAUACUGCUUCAUUAAUUUGAUUCUUCUCUUUUGUAAGAAAAAAUGUGAUGUAGUAGAAGUUAAGCACACCCUAGGCUGGACAUAUUCUUUGGUUGUUUCUGCAAUAAAAAAAGUGUAACCAUUUGUCUGUGUAAAUGUGAGCCUGUAAUUCUCAAGUAGUAGUAGCACAAUACCCAACUGAAAGAAAAA